UAUUCAGCUGGUGCGCGCCGCGGCGGGAGGCCGCGUCUGCCGAGUCCGUUCGACGUCGGGUCCCGAGAACGUGCCGGGGCCCCGCCAGUGCCAACCCAGGGGCAGCCCUGUGACCGGACGGAAGCAAGUGGCAGCCGGGACUGCGGCCGGCGGGAAGCACCGGGGACCCGGGAAGCCCGGGGAGCAGCACCUCGGCGCCUCCCUCGCCCUCGGGGCCGCGGCGCGGGGCGCGGGGCGCGGCGCCACCGUGCGCGACCCCGGCCCGGACUCCGAGUACUCGCCCAGGCGCCCGCGCCGCCCGCGCCGCCUCGCGGGGCGUGGACGGCACCUGCGACUCUCGGCUCUCGGGUCUCCGCCCCUCGGCCCCCCGCGCCAGGCCCGGGCGGCUCACCUGGACGCGCGCGGGCUGCGGGAGCCGGGCGCGCGGGGCGCGGCGGCCUCGCUCCCUCCCGGGCGGACGCAGGUGGAGCGGGCGCGGCUCCUCGGGACGCGGCGCCGGCCGUCGCUGGGUCCGGGACACCGGGCUGCUCGUGCCUGAGAAGGGAGCCGCCGCGGGUCUGGACACAAUGAACAGCGGCAGCGCCAACAUCACCUAUGCCAGUCGCAAGCGGCGGAAGCCGGUGCAGAAAACAGUAAAGCCAAUUCCAGCUGAAGGAAUCAAGUCAAAUCCUUCCAAGCGACAUCGAGACCGACUUAAUACAGAAUUGGACCGUUUGGCUAGCCUGCUACCUUUUCCACAAGAUGUUAUUAAUAAGCUUGACAAACUUUCUGUACUUAGGCUCAGUGUUAGUUAUCUGAGAGCCAAGAGCUUCUUUGACGUUGCGUUAAAGUCUUCCUUCGUGGACAGAAAUGGAAUCCAGGAUAAUUGUACAGCAAAAUUCAGAGACAUGAACUUGCAAGAAGGAGAAUUCUUAUUACAAGCUCUGAAUGGCUUUGUAUUGGUUGUCACUACAGAUGCUUUAGUCUUUUAUGUUUCCUCUACUAUACAAGAUUACCUGGGGUUUCAACAAUCUGAUGUCAUACAUCAGAGUGUGUAUGAACUUAUCCAUACUGAAGAUCGAGCUGAAUUUCAACGUCAGUUACAUUGGUCAUUAAACCCUCCACAAGAGUCUGGACAAGGAAUUGAUGAAGCUCAUGGCCUAACACAGGCAGGAGUCUAUUAUACCUCAGAACAGCUUCCUCCAGAAAACUCUCCGUUUAUGGAGAGGUGCUUCAUAUGCCGGCUAAGGUGUCUGCUGAACAAUUCAUCUGGUUUUCUGGCAAUGAAUUUCCAAGGGAAAUUAAAGUAUCUUCAUGGACAGAACAAGAAAGGGAAGGAUGGAUCUAUGCUUCCUCCUCAGUUGGCUUUGUUUGCAAUUGCUACUCCACUUCAGCCCCCAUCCAUACUGGAAAUUCGAACCAAAAACUUUAUCUUUAGAACAAAACACAAACUGGACUUCACACCAACUGGUUGUGAUGCUAAAGGACAAAUUGUUUUAGGAUACACAGAAGCCGAGCUUUGUGCAAGAGGUUCAGGAUAUCAGUUCGUCCAUGCAGCUGACAUGCUGUAUUGUGCUGAAUUACAUGUCCGAAUGAUUAAGACUGGAGAAAGUGGCAUGACCGUUUUCAGACUUCUUGCAAAACACAAUCGAUGGACAUGGGUCCAGUCUAAUGCACGCUUAGUUUAUAAAAAUGGGCGACCAGAUUAUAUCAUCGCAACUCAGAGACCUCUAACAGAUGAAGAAGGAAGAGAUCAUUUACAAAAACGGAAUUUGACCCUGCCUUUUAUGUUUACCACCGGAGAAGCUAUGCUCUAUGAGUUAACCAGUCCAUUUCCUACUGUAAUGGAUCCCUUACCAGUAAGGACUAAGAGCAGCAACACUAGUGGAAGAGACUGUGCUACCAAAUCGACUCUAAAUAAGGAUUCACUCCAUCCCAGUUCCCUUCUGGGCUCCAUGAUGCAACAGGAUCAAUCCAUUUACCUCUAUCCUGCUUCAAACACAACACCUUUAGAAAGCGUUUUUAAGGAUUCUAUGAGUGAAUUUGGUAAUUGGCAAAACAGUAUUGCACCAAUGGAAAAUGCUACCAUUCUGAAACAUGAGCACAUCGGACAAUCUCAGGAAAUUAACCCAACGCUUUCUGGAGGUCACACAGGGCUAUUUCCAGAUAAUAAAAAUAGUGAAUUAUACCACACUAUGAAAAACCUAGGCAUUGAUUUUGAAGAUAUCAAACAGAUGCAGAAUGAAGAAUUUUUCGGAAAUGACUUUUCUAGUGAGGUUGACUUUAGAGACAUUGACCUAACAGAUGAAAUUCUAACCUAUGUCCAAGAUUCCUUAAAUAAGUCUUCCUUCCAGAGUGCAGAUUACCAAGAACAGCAGCCUGUGGGUCUGAACUCAAGUUGUAUGCUACAGGAACGCCUGCAGUUAGAGCAGCAGCAGCAGCAGCAGCAGCAGCUAUGCCAGUACCCUCAACAGCAGAAGAAGGUGGUGGUAGAGCCCCAGCAACAACUGUGCCAGCAAAUGAGGAAUAUGCAAGUUAAUGGCAUGUUUGCAAAUUGGAACUCUGAUCAGUCCAUGCCCUUCAGUUGUCCUCAGCAAGACCUACAACACUGCAAUGUUUUUUCAGAUUUACAAGGGGCUCAUCAAGAGUUCCCCUACAAAUCUGAGAUUGACACUAUGCCUUACACACAGAACUUCAUUUCCUGUAAUCAGUCUGUUUUACCACAACAUUCCAAGUGUACACAGUUGGACUUUCCCAUGGAGAACUUUGAACCAUCCCUCUACCCUACUCCUUCUUCUAAUUUAGAAGAUUUUGUCACUUGUUUACAAGUUCCUGAAAACCAAAAGCCUGGAAUAAAUUCCCAGUCAACCAUCAUAACUCCCCAGACAUGUUAUGCUGGGACCAAUUCAAUGUAUCAAUGCCAGCCAGCCCCUCAACACACCCACAUGGAGCAGAUGCCAUACAACCCAACUUUCCCAGGCCCACAGGCAUUCUUGAACAAGUUUCAGACUGGAGGAGUAAAUGAAACAUUCCCAGCUGACUUAAAUAACAUGAGUCACAUGCAGACUGCCCCUCAUCUUCAGCCCCUUACUCAUCCAUCAGAUGCCAAACCUUUCCCUCACCUAACUUCCAGCAGAUUCCUCUAACUCCAAACCUGAUUUUCGUCUUCACUUUUGUAUCAAAUUAGUUUGUGGUGGAUCACAAAAGUAAUGCUAUUGUUGGACAUAUCAGCACUGUUCUUCCAAACCAAAUUUUAAUAUUUGUUUGUAGAACCUGAGUUAAAUGUCCAUUUUAUACACGGUAAUCUUUGAAAUAGAAGCACACAUCUGUGUAAAGAUGCCUUCUGAGUUCAUAUUACUCAGCCAGCACCACAGGAGUCACCAAGUGCAUUCAUUAUCUUCCACUCUCUCAGAAGACUUGAUGUGACUUACUGCUGUCAGAAUAAAAAUGAAGUACUUUGAGUUUUGAUUUUGAAUUCUCAUUAUACCAAAUACAGUUGUAAAACUUACAUACUUACCUAAAUUCUUAGCUGUUACCUAAGUGUGGAAAUUAAUGGUUUGGUGCUUUUGUAAAAUGGUAAUCUCAAUACCUUCCUGCACUAUCAGUCUAAGUGCCUCACCUUCUUACCUGUAGCUCUGUAGGAUGUGUAUUUUAUAUUAAAUAUUCUCCCUUUAUAUAUUAACAUCCUUUUGCACACAAAUAUUACUUGUAUUUCCUCCAUCGAAUCAUUUUUAUUCUAGGCAUGUUUUAACUGCACUACUCACCCAUUUUCUUUAGGUAAGGCAAAAUAGUGAUUUGAAAAGAUAAUUAUUUAUUAUGUACAAUAGUUGCUUUUAGACUUUAAAUGUUGCUACGUGCCUUAUGUUGGACAAUUC